CACUUUAAACUUAGACUUGAUAAAAAAAACCUAAAUCAGAGUAUUCCUGAGUAUCAUUCAGAGAGUGCAGCUGAUGUUGGGGAAACGCAGGAAAAGAUGGAACCGGUUGAUGAUGAGGACAAUAAGUUUGAAGCAUCAAACAUUGGAGGAAUAUCACAUGAUGAUACCAACAUUAAAACUACCUCAUCCUAUGAACCACAAGGGGCCACAUCAACAGAAAAUGUAGUGGAAGUAAGAAAGGAAAGCAAAGAUAUUCCUUAUAGUUCGGAAAUUUCUGGAAAUUUGCAGAUAGAGGUAAAAAACAUUUCAGAAGAUCCAGAUAAAAAAAUUACUAUGACUGACUUUGCGGGACAGUGUGCCUAUUAUGCCUCACACCAGAUUUUUCUGAGUCCCCGGGCAUUCUUUAUUCUGGUGCUCAAUAUGGAGAAGAAGUUUGAUGAUAAAGUUGGAGAAGAAGUAUGUUGUCAGGAAGGCUCCAUUUACAGGGGAUGGACAAAUAGAGAUUAUCUUGAAUUUUGGAUGAAGUCCAUUCAUCAAUACAGCAGUGAUAAGGCUCCUGUGAUCCUGGUUGGUACACACAGUGAGAACAAAACAGAUGAGGAAAAAGAAUUGUUUUUCCGUGAAGUAUGGAAGAUUCUAGACAUGAAGAAGAAGUCUUUGCACAAACAUAUUGAUGUGAAGCGGCGAUUUGCAGUUGGAUUCCAUGACAAUGAAAGCAUUGAAAAACUCAAGCUGUCCAUUGCUGAUGUCGUGUGGGGUGAAGAGCUUCCACAGUCAUGGGCUAUGUUUGAAGCAUUCUUUCGGGAAAAGAAAAUCCGCAAGAUUUUGAGUAGGGACGAACUUCAGUCCUUCAAUGUAACAUUGCCAGAGGGAAUAAAGCUCCAUACUAUUGAAGAUAUGAAUGUCAUGCUGCAGUUCUUCCAUGAUAUCAGAGAAAUUAUACACUUCAAUCAACAAUUCCUCAAUAAAGCUAUUAUUCUCGAUGUUCAGUGGUUUGCAGAUGCAUUUAAAAAUGUAAUAACAGAUAAAAACCAUGCAAAAGAAGAUUUAUUCGAAUUUGCCUCAGAAUGGGACAAAUUCAAUGAAACUGGAGAGUUAGAUGAAACUCUCCUAUCUGCUAUAUGGAGAAUGAACAACAAUGGCUACAUCAAACAUAAAGAUGACAUCUUGCUAUACAUGGAAAAGCUAGGACUCUUAGCUAAAAUGAGUGGCAAUAAAUGGUAUGUUCCCUGUAUGAACAAAAUGCAAUUUCCAGUGACCUACUUUUCAUCAUACCCUGUCUCCUCUAUCCUUUACUAUACGUUUGAUUUUCUUCCUGUGGAAAUUUUCCAUCGUCUUGUAGCAACCUGCAUGCAGAUUCCUUGGGAGAUUUUUUCAGAUGAAGAUCGCGGAUGCGUUUACCAGACUGCAGCUAUUUUUGUGUUUCAUGACCAUCACCAUAAUAUUCUGCUUGGCAUGACUCAAACAGAAAUUCAAUUGCAGGUGUUUGUUGUGGAGGGAGAAGUUGAUGUUUUAACUUGUCACCAGAUUAGAGAAAACAUUGAGAGUAUAUUACACAAUCUCUCUAACACAUUCCAAAAAAAUGCUGAAUUUCAAGUUGGGUUCAAAUGCAAGCCUUCUGGAUUUUGUGACAGGAAAGAAAGUGCUGUCAUAAAGGAAUCAGAGUUUACAAAAGCAAUUUUUCAGUGUCCUUCCUGUCCGGCAAACAAAAAGCAUCCCAUUAACACAAAAGACAUCACAAAAUAUUGGAAACAGGAUAGCCUGUCUGAGAGUGGAACCAAUGAAGACACUGGAACAGAUCCCUCUGUUGAAUUGGUUCUUAAUGCUGUUUCAAGAAAAAUCCGAGGCAUAGGAAUCAGUAUUCUGGAGUGUCUAUUUGAAGUCAAUGUGGAAGUCACUCCCACUCUCAGUUUUGAGGAGAAAGUAUUUAGAAUCUUGUACCAAUGGAAAUCCAAGAAUGCACACAUUGAUCACUUGAGAGAAUUAGAGAGCAUUCUACAGAGAGAAGGUCAAGGACAAGCUGCUGAAUACGUUAGAACAUUUGAUAUUAAGGACUUUGCUUGCAGUGGUGUUGCUAGCCCAGAUCAGAAUGUUUCAGCAACAGAAUUCAAAACAUUAUCCGAAUAUCUCCCAAAAGACUACACUCAUUUUGUCCGAUUUUUAGGGCUUCCUCAAAGAUAUAUCGAACAAAUGGAAGCAGAUGCUUUGAAGAUACAGGAUAAAAUAUAUAAAUCACUUUCAAAGAUACAGGAGGAAUGUCGUUACAUGCUUAGCCGACAGAAGGUUUGCAAUGCAUUGAGAUUUAUAGACAGAAAUGAUGUGAUAGUUGAACUUGGAUGGACAUCACGCAAACGAAAAAGAGAUGACUGAUCGGGAAACCAAAAGUGGAUUUUGGAUUCUUAAAGC